AGCUGUGCCGGCACUCUUACAAUUCCUCUGAUGAAGCAGCAACUCUGCGAAACGUCAGGAACCACUCGACGGCACAGGACACCUUUUACUCUUUUUUAGCCUUUUAAGUACACCAUUGUGUUUUAUUGUUGUUUUUUAUCUUGGUUUUAAUUGUUAAAAUUUUAACCUAUUAAAGCUAAAUACCUUUUUAAAUCGUCUGUGGAGGGCUCUACCAGGCUGCACUCUGGCCUAGCUUUCAGGCCUCCAUUUUCUCCACACACAUGGACUUCUGCACCUAACAAACAAUUUGCAGAUUGUUUUUUUUUGGAAAGCCUCUCCUCUAAGCUGUCUCAGCAGGCCCACCGGGAAACUCCUACCACAUCUACCUUCCAGGAGAUACACCAAGCCACUUCCUCAAGGCCUACCUCGGCACCCACCCAAAAGGACCAGCAGGCCAGAGACCUCCACCUGCAUUCCCUAGUCUACCCUCAGGUCGGACAGCUCUCUGUCCCCGAUCCCGGAGCUCUCAGAUGAGGUGGACUUCCCACCCCUGCCAGCCCCGCACAGGCCCCCCCUUUCCCUUGGAUCCCAACACAUCACCCGACACCACCAGCAGGUUAACCAGGAACCCCUGCUCCCUACCCCACCACCAACUCGAGGACUCAUUCCUGCACCCAACCAGCCCCCACCGGACCCACCACAGGCCCCCCGCCCACAGAAGCAACUCACCAUAUCCUUUACCAAACGGACCCCUCCCUCCUCAGCACCUGCCCCUUCACUGCCCCGGACACCCAAACACGGUCCCCGGUCCGGCAGAAACCUCAUCUCCACUUCCAAAGCGGACCAAGAGGAUCUCCUGGGGGCCCGACCAGACUACCCAGCAGAUCAGCCCCAUCUACCCUGCUAACCACAAGGCCCCUAGCCUGGAUAUAAUAACAUCCCCCACCAUUCACAGUAAGCACAACCUUGCAGUUAUAACCAUUGACACCAUCUCUCCUCUCCCUCUCACACCCACAGGUGGCGCUGGUGACCGGACUGGCCUUGUCGGGCGGCGGGCCCCAAUUGAGCAGCUGCAGGAGGCUACACCCAUGAUGAUUGGGACUCCAAAGGCUAACAUUGCCACUUUGAAAGCCCUAUCUGAGCCCUCCACUCAGCACUCUUUUGGGGUCGCGCCACCUGCCUUGGCCUCUCUGGAAGCCAGCGCUACCACAGGUCUGGAAUCCAACACCCAAGAACUCUUCACCUACACCCCUUCCUUCGACCACGACAGAAGCUACUCCCCAGGCCCCUGUAAACCCACCUGCCACGACAACGGACCCGAGAAAUGGACCAUUACAACACGGACGCAAUAUGUGGUAUUGGGCGACGCCCACAUCAGUAAAUUCCCAUCUCACUCAAACCUGGAUCUACAACUCGACAGCUACCCCUAUGCCAACUUCCGGCACUUCCAUAAGCUUUUUAAAAGGACAGCACCAACCCCACCACUGCAACCAUCAUCCUCGCAGUUGGCUUUAAUGACAGGUUCCAGGACCCCAAGGACGCCGGCAAACAACUAA